UCAAGAUGGCUUCGCUAGAUGUAGAAGGUAUCGGUCUCUGCCAGGUUCAAAACGAAGAUUUGAUCCGGAUAGCGGCUACUGUGACGUCUGGUUUGGAGCAGAUAGCGAAGGAAGAAGUGGAGGAAAAAGUCGGCACCAAAGUGGUGAAGGGCCGAGGUCGGAUACGGUUUGACACUCCCUUCAAAGACUUCGCUCACAAGAUCCAAAGUCUGCGGACCUUGGAGAAUCUCCACGUGGUUGUAGCAGACUUUGAGAAGGAGGGUCUGUCAACAGACACUGACAAGGAUGCAGUACUUACACACUUCUACCAGCUUGCAAAGACCUUUGACUGGGGUCCUCCAGUGUGUGCCUGGAAAACCUUCACAGGCACCUUCCCACAUGAGCCAGGUCCUCCCAGGAAGAAGCAAAAAGUCAAGGAGUCCUUCAAAGACACGGCCAAGAUGCUGGAGAGAUACGACAACAUCAUCUCGAGAGAGUUGAUGGACAGACAAGACAAUGAAGAAGAUGCAGAAUCGUUAGUACCACCAGAGGCUCUGUCCGACUCUUCUUCCACAACCAAAGUAGCAGUCCUGAAAGAAGGAAUCUCUGAAACUGCAAUUUUACCACCACAGGAAGAUGUACAAACUAGCAGUGAUGUUCAGAACGAAGUCACUAAGGUCGAGGAAGACACGUCUUCUCCUUGUAGAGAUCCUUCAAGUGAUGGCCAAGAUAAGAGCACAAGCGCUGUACCUCCAGAAGCUGAAAACCAUGGCCCGCUGAAGCCUAAGUUCCGAGUAACCUGCAACCGAGGAGGCGCCAAGCACUGCUUCACGUCCAUGGACGCCGCGCGGUACUUCGGCGGAGGGAUCAACGACGACUUGCGCUGGCCCGUGGACCUGACUAAGUUCGACAUCGAGGUGGUGUUGAACAUCUACGGUGACCAGGUGACAGUGAUGAUAGCCCUGACUAAGGAGAGUCUACACAGGAGGAACAUACAACACUUUGGACCAACUACUCUCAGGUCCACUAUUGUAUACAGUAUGCUCAGGAUAGCCAAUGUACAGCCUGGAGAAGUUAUUUGUGACCCGAUGUGUGGAAGUGGGGCUAUCUCUAUCGAGGGUGGUCUAGAGUACCGACAGUGUCUGCACCUGUCAGGAGACAACCAUGAGUGUGCCUGUCCUCGCACCAGGGCUAACAUCGCUACUAUUAACAACCAGAGGAGGAGGAAGGGACAAGGAGUCCUGCCUGUAGACACCCUGAGGUGGGAUGUAGGGAACCUCCCACUCAGGACUGAGUCUGUGGACGUCUUCAUAACUGACAUGCCAUUUGGAAAACGACAUGGUUCUAAGCAGGGGAACUGGGAGCUGUACCGGAGGACAGUCCGUGACAUGGCCAGGGUCUGUCGUUUCCCUACAGGCAGGGCUGUACUCCUCACAGAGGACAAGAAAUGUCUGAACAAGGUAUUAGCCGAGUAUGACUCCUUGUGGAACAAGAAGUUGGUGCUUUUCAUCAAGAUGGGAGGACUGGACGCCGCCAUCUACCAGCUGAAGCGGACCAACAAUCCCUUCCCAAAGUUCCUAGAGCACGAACUACUCUCCAGCAAACGGAAACAGAAGAAGAUGGGGAUACCCAGGAGUGAGAGGGUGGGGGAGCCAAUCACAGAACAGCCUACUCAGGGGGAGCCAAUCACAGAACAGCCUACCCAGGGGGAGCCAAUCACAGAACAGCCUACCCAGGGAGAGCCAAUCACAGAACAGCCUACCCAGGAUUGAGAGGGCAGGAGAGCCAAUCACAGAACAGCCUAGCCAGGAAUGAGAGGGUGGGAGAGCCAAUCACAGAACAGCCUACCCAGGAAUGAGAGGGUCGGAGAGCCAAUCAGAGAACAGCCUACCCAGGAAUGAUAUUGUGCAAGAGCCAAUCAGGGGUGGAGAUGGAAGAGGCUUUGGGAAAACUCACUGGGGAGGCUUCUAAUAGCAAAUAUAUGUCAAACACAUCUACACAGCAAUAAAGGGAAUGAUUUCCUUUUUGCUGUCAUUCUCAUAAUUGUCAACUGUAGAGUUAACAAUACAUGCAUCUGCUACAUAAUCCCAUGUACAUGUAUGUUUUAGUACAUCUACAAGCAGAUGUUGCAGUAUAAUUCAAGUAAUGGAAAAUAGUGCCAUCAUAUCUUGCCAUUGUGAUUACUGUAUUUGGUAAUGAUAUAAUGUAAAAAUGAGUAUUUUUGUGUUUUUUAAUUCUAAUAUCGAUUUUAAGUCAGGUUUCCACAUUCUGAUUAUUUUCCAGAUUAGAGAAGAAAAAUGCACAUAAUCACAUGCAGUCAAAAAU